CCCGACACCAGGCGGCUCAGACCCACGUCCGCCAGCCACCAAUAAGGACGCUCCCACUGGCCCGCUUGUGUGUGCGAGUUGGCUGGUAGUGUUUGUUUGUGCGUGUGGGGAGCCCCGUAUCAGCGAGACUAUUGUGUUUGGUUCGUUCACCGCAGUUUAUCUCCAGUUGAAGAGAAGCAGGCGACGAGGACGGUGUCCUGAAGAUACGCCGCUGCAGGAGAGAGAGAGAGACACGCCCGCGGGAGCACUCAAGUCCGUGCCUGAAGGAGGAGAGAGGCCCGGCAGUUCCCGGGAGAGGUGUGAGUCAGCCCUGAGAGAGUGAGUCAGGCGGAGGAGUGAGCAGCAGCAGCGCCCAGGCUACACUACCUCCCUGGCCCGCCACACACCCGCACGCGCCCCGCAACCCUCCCUCCGCCGCCGCCGCCGCCGCCACCGCCGGACAUUGCACACAUAGUGAAGGUGCAUGUGAGCAAUGAUGGCUUAUAGUGUAGACACCACCGUUCUGGACCUUCAUUCCCUGGUCACCCCGGGUCUUGAGAAGUCAUUCACUCCCCAGACCUUCGGCGGGCAACAAGCACAGCAGCAACAGCAGCAGCAGCAGCCACAGUAUCAGAUGUUUGACACACAUCAGCAGGUGGGAUACAGUAAGUCCUACCUGGACGUGCCGUUCGGUGACUACGGUCUGUUGUCCCCGGGUGGGGAGUCCGGCUACAGCAGCAGCUGCAGUGUGGGUCAGCCCUCGCCCAUGAGCCGCAACGUUGGGGGUUCUCCUGCUCCACUCAGGCCCCCAUCUCGCACCACACCAGCACUCGACCUCGACAUGGAAGCUAGUUUCAUCACCUCGGCCACCAACACCCUCAAUAACUACGGCGCCGCCGGCUACGCCGCCUACGAGGCACAGAACAACGUGUGCGAUGCACUCAACUCAAGCUUCGAAACGAGCUACGAUCGCGGUCUGGACACGAGUUAUGGUUCGCCCCUAGCCGGGUACGCCUCGCCCUACGUUGAGCCGCCCUGUGACUCCCCCUACAGCCUCGCCGCCGCUAGCAGUUACGAGCCCUUGCAGCAGCAACAGCAGGAGGAAGACUCACAACAGUUCUGUGCACCUUCCGAUCCACGAAUCUGGACUGCCCAGGAUAUCAGGUCAUGGAUUGCAUGGGCAAGAAAAGAGUUUGACUUGCCUCCUACACUCAGCCCGUCACUGCUGCCCUCCACCGGCUGUGAACUCUGCAGACUGACCAGAAGCCAGAUUCAGCGCAAGGUUGGCAACAACUCGGGUCGAGUUUUAGCUCAGCACCUCGACAUCCUUCUUGGUAACAACGGUCGCAGCCUCCCACAGGACGAGUUUCCGGAUGUUCUAGAAGCUGAAGGUGACUCUCAAGAUGACCAGAUCGAGGGUGACCCGUAUGAGAUCUUAGGCCCACUCUGUGUCAAACUGUCCGCUCAGGGAUCAGGUCAGAUCCAGCUGUGGCAGUUCCUGCUGGAGUUGCUGUCAGAUGCAGCCAACGCCUCCGUCAUCACCUGGGAAGGUACAGCAGGAGAGUUCAAGAUCCUCGACCCUGAUGAAGUAGCUCGCCGCUGGGGAGAACGCAAGUCCAAACCCAACAUGAACUACGACAAGCUCUCCCGCGCGCUACGAUACUACUACGACAGGAACCUCAUGACGAAGGUACACGGCAAGCGCUACGCCUAUAGAUUCGACUUCCGUGCACUGGAGCAACUGCAGCAGACACAGCAGAGUGAUUCCCAGUCCCGUCCACCCCCAGAUCUCGCCUUCCUCAGCGCUGCUCUCAGCACCGCCUCCGUGUCCUCCCCAACUCACUAUUGGUCCUCAGGGAAUCCUGGUACACCUUCCCCGCGUCCAUGGAUGUAGGGGCCUCCCUCUCCCCUCAUCCCUCCUUCCCAUCUAGCUCUCACGUGCGUCCCUCGCCGGCAUAAAAUGUCGUGUAGAGGGGGUCACACGACGGAGGAAACGAUCUCAGGUGACUGGGGUGUUCGCGGCCCCUGCGAAGGAGUUCUACCGGUGAAGAGCACCAGUAACUGUACCAGUGUUAGUACCAGUACCUGUACCAAGUACCAGUACCAAGUACCUGUGCCGAGCCUUACCACUCCUGUGAUACCGCGAAGCGACCAAGUGAUAGAUAGCUAAGCCUUAGUAUUGUUGUAAUCAAAACGCGUCUUGUCUACCUCGCAUCUUGCGUGUACCUCGCAACUUGCGUGUGCCUCGCAACUUGCGUGUACCUCGCAUCUUGCGGAGACGGACCACCCAUACGCUCCCCCUCCCACUCCCCUGGCACAGCCACUUCCCGGACACGGCCCACUGGCAGUACCGGGGACUUGCCACUACUACUACUACCGGGUACUGGGGGAGUGACACUACCAGGUACCGUGUAUGUUGGAAUUUGGAGCCCGGUACGUUGGACCUCUGUGUCAAGGGUGAGUCCUGACGCGUUAGCUUCUGUGAUCUCUGAUUGUGUUAGGUCCCGGAGGCCACUGACCGCGUCCUCACGGCCUCCCUGUACAAACUCACUCUUUUGUUUUAUUUUGUAAAUACAUCUGUGAUACUAUUUAUAUAUUUAAGAUUUUUUUAUCUUUUAGGACUUUGUAUAAUAAAAUCUUUUGUAAUUAUAUA